AUGAAGAAUAUCUCAAAUUAAAUUCAAGAUGAGUCUCAAAUCAAUUAACUUAGAGUCAGUACUCGUCGAAAACAUCCUUCUCCUUAAAUUUAGAUAUAUGAUAAAUUGAAGAGUUCGAUAAAACUAGACAGUUAGAAUAGUUAUUCUAUAAAAUAAAAGACACCAAUAACAUAUGAUAAGAAAAUCUUUGACUAUAAGAAUUAAAAGGAUUUAGAAUUAAUAGUUUCUUUGGUAAUUUAACCAUGUUUACAUAUGGAUAAUUGCAUUCAUGAGGAAUUAUAUGAAAAAAAUUAAUAAGGAAAGACAUUUAGAUAGGUUUGUGAAUUCAGGAUAGAUUGGACUAAAAAAAUAAGGAAAGCUGAGAGUUAUUUUGAAAAAUCAAUUCAGCGUAAAAAAGUGUAACAAAUACAAUGUUAAAAUAAUGAUUAAUUUAAAAUUAUUAUUCUUGAAGCUAUUAAUAAUAAAGAGACAGCUUUAAAAAUGAUGAUAGAAAAGGCUAGAAAGGAACCAUAAUUUAUUGAAUAUGCAAAGAGAUUUGCAAUUUAACAAAGAUAAAGAAUGGAUUAUAACGAAUCUUUGUUGAGUUAAUUUGAAGAUGUAUAAAAUCGUAAGAAAUAUAUUCAUCCUCCUUCAUUUUGGUCAAUUCUUGAUUGCUCGUGUAAUGCAACUGUAUUAUGA